AGGGUUUAGGAACACCUAAAUCUCCUCAGCGGUUAAACCGACCCCAAACCACUUCUGGGAAACCACCGGUAUCCACUGCUUUGGGGAACUCUGGAUGCUCGUUAUGCCAAACGCUCUCAAAAGCCGGGAGCAAUGCUGGGGCAGGAGAGAGGACUUGGGAAGGAUCCGGACCUUACUUUCGCCGCGGGUCCCGGACUCGCAGCCCCCGGGUUGUGAGGCGGAAACCAAAGGGGCGAACCCAGCGGAGCCGGCGUGCACAGACCCUGCCCCGCGGUCCAAGAGGGGUGCCUCCGGCCCGGGACAGCGGGGCUCCCGGAGCCCGAAAGCCCCACGAGCGGCGACAGCGGGGCCCGGCGCUGACGAACAGAGGAAGCGAGUACAACGGCGCCGCCGUCGGGAACAUGCCCCCGAGGGCCCCGGAGCGCGCGGCCGCGGGGGGCGGCAAGCGGCGAGGGAGGCCCCAAGCCGGGGCGAGGUGAAGGAAGAUGAUUUCCCCCCCAUCUUGAUCACCCCCCAGUCUUCGCCGCCAAAAACGGACUCCGCCGGCUCUCCUCGGCCCGGUGCCAGUUGUUGGAUCCAAGAGAAUUCCGGAACCCAAACGGUCCAUUACCGCGGCUCUGGGGCUCGCUCAAAGCACUUUAUUGGCAGUGAAACCGCAAGUAACCCGGAGCCCUCGGCGCGACCACGGCUAGAAUCAGAGCCUAAGGCGUGUGAGCUCGGCUAUCCCACGUCUGUCUUCACGCUCACCCGCAAGUCCGACACACCGGGGCGCCCAGUUAAUGAAUACUGAAGAGUAGGGCUGUCCCUACCGCUUCUCACUUCCUUGUUUUCAUCUUUUCGUUAUUAUUAAGCGACCUAACACAAUAAACAUAUUACCUUGUUGGUAA